GGUGACGUCGGUGCCCUGCGCCCGCCGGGGCGCGCACGUUGCCGCUGUUGACGCAUGGAGGGCGGCGGUGGCAGUGGUGGUGGUGGCGGCGGUGGGCGCAGCCCCGGUCCUGGCCCAGCCCUGGCCCUCCGCGGGGCGCUGAUGGCCGCCAGCGGUGGCAGCCGGCUCCUGGCGGCGCGGUACAGGGAGCCCGGUGAUGAUAGUUUCUUCGUGUAUGAUUGCAUCAAUGCAGAGAAGAAGACCUUAGGAAAUAAAGGGCAGGAUGGAAAAGCAACAGAUAAAGGAAGAGAUGACAUCCUAGCUUUUGCCUUUUCCCCAUCAGGAGAUUAUCUUGCCUUGACAGAUGACAGCAAACGGCUGAUUCUGUUCCGUACGAAGCCUUCUUGGGAAUGUGUUAGUGUCAGGUUUGUGAACAGAAGAUGCACUUCCCUAACUAUUACAGCUGCAGAGGAUAAGAUUCUGAUUGGAGACAAGUCUGGUGAUGUCUAUUCUUACUCAAUAACAGAACCCCAAGCAGAGGGGAAACUUCAGCUGGGUCACUUGUCUCUGUUACUGGAUGUGGCACUGAGUCCUGAUGACAAAUAUAUCAUCACUGCAGACAGAGAUGAGAAGAUCAGAGUCAGCUGGACAAAGGCUCCUUAUAAUAUUGAAUCCUUCUGUCUAGGACACAGAGAAUUUGUGAGCAAAAUUCUUGCUAUACCUGACUAUCCUGAUCUGCUGUUGUCAGCUUCUGGGGACUCGACUCUGAGACUUUGGGAGUACAAAACUGGGGAAGAAAUAUACUGCUGUCAUCUAAGUAGUGUCUGUGGGUCUGAGACAACCAAAACUGACCAGAAAUACCCUGUGUCAAGAAUAACCUACUGCUGUCAAGGUGGUUACAUUGCUAUUCUGUGCGACUGUAUUCCUGCAGUCUACAUCUUUCAGCUUGAUGCCACUGCCCGGCAGCUCGCUUUCAGGCAGCAGAUCUCUUUGAAACAUAAAGGUUGGGACAUUGCAUUUGAGGAAACAGGAGAUCUGUGGAUUUUGCAGGAAGACAGCGAAGCUCCUCUUCAAUUGUACAGACCAUGUGAUGGACAGUGGAAGCCUGUAACUGAUGACAAAGGAUUACAAAAGAUGUCAAAGUAUCUUCAAGACAACUGGACAGCAUUUGAAGGCUUUGUUGGCACAAAGAGCUACUACGGCAGUCUCUACAAGGCUUCAUUUAAUAACAUGGCUGCCUACCUACAGAAGAAAGAGGAAAGAUCACAGCAGCAGAAAAAGAAAAGGCAGGAUCUGCAGCAUGGUUCAAAUGGACAAACAAAAAAGAUGAAGAGUGAAGAACCAUCACUAUGAUCCCAUUGUUAGCGUGUAACUUUUGUCUUGCUGAAAGGAACUGAUCUGAUUGCAGGCUGAUUUUAACUGUUAAAUGAAUUAUGGAAGAAGACUGUUUUUAUUCAGAUUUGUGUUUUCAGGUAGCCUGAUACAACAGUACCCUGCUUGCAGAGGAUAAUGCAUUUACAAUAUGUCUAAUCUUCUAGCAGCAUACAAGUAUUAGUGGUUCAGUCCUAGGAAUCUCUAAUGCAUGAUAUAUGACUAUUGGAGAUCUUAUUUUCAUUGAAACAAGAUUUUGAUUUUGCCUGCUGUGUUCAGGCUUUCUUCUUCAGGUGGAAGUCCACUGAUAAAAGUUGAUCUAAUUUUGGUUGGGUUGGGGGUUUUGGGGGGUUGUUUUUGGUUUUUUUUACUUCUUAAAAGAUCUGUUAGCCAAUGCAACUGACUUAAGUGUACCUAGCUAUGGGAAAAGGAAUGCAGGAAAAUUCUUGUUCUACAUAGAAGGUUUUAGCUGAGACUGCCAUCUCUGGUUUCACCCUUUACCUUCCAUUUAUGUGAUAGGGAUUCUGCCUAGCUUCCAACCUACUGCUGCUUGUGACAUAUUUCUUUAGGAAGAAGUGUAAAAAUACAUUUUGUUAUUUUAAACUCAAAAGUAAAAUGUGUCAGUCAGCUUUUUUUUACUGAGAGAUCUUCUACUGCAAUGUGACACUGGGGUGUCUGAGAAUGACUGAUGAGGCCUAUGAGCAAAACUUGGGAUGUAUGACAAAAACUUGGGGUAUAUUCUACUUUUUUCAACAAGAACUCUUUCAUGUUGCAGUUAGCCAAGAAAUACAUCUUUUGAAGUUAUCAGUAAGACCUUUAUGGGAUCAGUUGUUGCUUCAUCAUGGGACAGAAGAUAUUUAUCUACCAGACGGCAUUCCAUGUCUAUAUGGAAUAUAAAGUACUUCAUAAAACCAGGCAUAGAAAUCUGUACAAAUCUUUAGAAAUAGUCAAAUUAGCCUACAAACCAUGAAUAGUUCUCUAGAUCUCUUUAUAGUGGUCCUCUUCAGAGUAUCUGGAUGCUUAAAAUUUUUUCACUCAAAUUUUAGAUAUGCAACUGUGUAAGACAUCGUCGAGAUGUAGCUUGUUCUUGGGUAUUUAGCAGUGAAGCAAAACUUGUUGCUUAUUGCAGCCUUUUCUUUAUUAUAUGUCCCAGGCCAUGUGUCUGUCUCAUGCUGGAGGGUGUCACAUGAACUGUCAUAUUCCUUCUGUUUCAAAGUGCUUCCUAAAGGACAGAGCAUUGAAUGCAUUAGUACAAAGCCAGUCCUUUACCUCCAGGGUGUAUUUCUUUUGGUUAUUUCUUUUAAAUAAAGACCCUUCUACUUUGGCAAAUA